UCAUUCACCCUGCUUUUCCCUCCCUUCAAAUUUUCUUCCCAAAAAAAAUGAACCACCCCAUGCGCCUCUAACGGCUCUCUCUAUCUCUCUCUCUCUCUAUCGCAUGCUCUCAAGCAUAAACUAAAACACUUGUGUCUUCACAUCACCAACAAAGCAUAAACCCUAGAAAUUGAAGAUCCACGAAAUGCAAGACAUUUUUGGAUCGGUUCGUCGAUCCUUAGUGUUUAAAUCGACGUCAGGAGGAGGAGGAGGAGAAGAUGGAGGGUUCAGUGGUUUUGUUGAGAAAAUCGGCACUAGCAUUCGCAAAUCUCGAAUCGGCCUCUUCUCCAAGCCUUCAAUACCGCCCUUGCCUCCGCCGUCUAAAAAAGACGAUGCGCCACCGAUCCGGUGGAGAAAGGGCGAGUUGAUAGGGUGCGGCGCUUUUGGCAGGGUUUAUAUGGGGAUGAAUCUUGAUUCCGGAGAACUUCUCGCUGUUAAACAGGUUUUGAUUGCAGCCAGUAGUGCUUCCAAGGAGAAAACGCAGGCACACAUCAGAGAGCUCGAGGAAGAAGUUAAGCUUCUCAAGAAUCUUUCGCAUCCAAAUAUUGUUAGAUAUUUGGGAACUGCUAGAGAGGAUGAUUCGUUGAAUAUUUUGUUGGAAUUUGUACCCGGUGGAUCCAUAUCAUCGCUAUUGGGAAAAUUUGGAUCUUUCCCUGAGUCGGUUAUAAGAAUGUAUACGAAACAGCUGUUAUUGGGAUUGGAAUACCUUCACAAGAAUGGUAUUAUGCAUAGGGACAUCAAGGGGGCAAAUAUUCUUGUUGAUAAUAAGGGUUGCAUUAAACUUGCUGACUUUGGAGCAUCCAAGAAAGUAGUUGAACUGGCUACUAUAAAUGGUGCCAAGUCAAUGAAAGGCACUCCAUAUUGGAUGGCUCCUGAGGUCAUUCUCCAGACUGGGCAUAGCUUUUCUGCUGAUAUAUGGAGCGUUGGCUGUACUGUGAUUGAGAUGGCCACAGGGAAAGCUCCAUGGAGCCAACAGUAUCAGGAGGUUGCUGCUCUCUUCCACAUCGGGACAACUAAAUCUCAUCCUCCCAUUCCUGAACAUCUAUCUAUCGAGGCAAAGGAUUUCUUGUUGGAAUGUCUGCAGGAGGUACCGAAUUUAAGGCCUGCUGCAUCUGAGUUAUUACAGCAUCCAUUUGUCACUGGGGAAUAUCAGGAACCUCAUUCAGUAUUCCGUAAUUCUAUUAGAGAAUCUGGAAAUCUGAUAGCAGCUACUGGGAUGAAUCUCAAGAGCUCCAUGAACUCUGUGAUUAGAAGGUCAUCUUGUGCUGGGUUGAAGGAUGUUUGUGAAAUGGGUAGUGUGAAGUCCUCAAUCAUAUAUCCUGAUAAAUUAUCAAUAUCAAGAUCCUACUGGGGUGCGGCCAAUUUUGAUGAUGAUAUGUGUCUGAUAGAUGAUAAAGAUGAUUUUGUGGUUGGUGCAUCAACUAGGUUCAAAUCUACCUUAGCAUCUUCUGAUUUAAAUAAGAGUUUCAACCCUAUGUGUGAACCCAUGGAAGACUGGCCAUGCAAGUUUGAUGAAGAUCCAUUGUUUAGGAGAAGUGGAAUUAACUUAUAUUGCAGUCAGUCAAUCCAUGAAGUUAUUGAUAGCCAUGAAGCAUCUGCUAAGGGACAGCAUGACUUCACAUUUCCACGUGGGCCAGUGACGCCUGAGGAUGAUGAUGAAGUUACCGAGUCAAAAAUUAGAGCAUUUUUGGAUGAGAAGGCUAUUGAUUUGACGAAGCUGCAGACACCUCUAUACGAAGAGUUCUACAGCAGCACUCUGAAUACCAUGGGUGCUCCAACUGCAGUUGGGACAGAAAACAGUGAAAAUCCUACACAUUUACUGAGUUUACCUCCUAAAAGCAGGUCACCCAAAUGUUUCCCUAGCAGAAGACUCUCUGCAGUUGUUGAUGCUGCCAACAUUGUGAGUCCUGGUCGUCAUAUUAAACAUGUAGCAAACGAGAGUAGCAUCCAUAAUCGAGCUUUGCAGGAAAUUCAUCCACCUCAGCUUAGUGAGUGGAAAGAGUUUCUUCAUAAUGGCCAGCGGGAAACACUUACUUCUAGUUUGACUUGCAGUGCAAGCUUCUCUGAGAGGCAAAGAAAAUGGGAAGAAGAGCUUUAUCAAGAGCUUGAAAGAAAACGAGAGAUAAUGCGCCAGGCAGGUGUGGGAGGGAAGACAUCAUCUUCUCCAAAGGAUCCGAUCCUAAGUCGACAGAGAGAGCGGCUACGAUUUGCAUUCGGUGGCAAAUAAAUGAAUGUACAUCACUUGCAUUUGUCUUAUUGCCUGAUGGAAAAGAAACAUGCUUUUCCAUUUGGAGUUUUACUGUAUCUAGCUAUAUAUCUGGUGAAAUGGUGUCUGAUAAUAUACAAGAGGCACUUGCCACAGACAACCUUCCAACCAUUGUAUUACAUCCUUGUGGUUCAGCCAAAACAAAUUGAUAUAAGCAGUAUCCUUGUAUGCCUUAUCUCCACCUCGUUGAGGUGAGCUAAGUUGAUGUAAGUUGUUGCGGGAUUCAAAGCAUAGAGAAUGAAGUAUUUUUUGAGUUUGUGUUGAAAA